AUGGUAAAGCUCUGGUAUUUUCUGACAGUUUUAUUGUCAAUAUUGAUACUAGUGAGCCAUUCAUGUCAAGCAAAAGUCAUUGAUCCAAAUUCUCUCAACGCGGCAGUUGCUACUCAUCUAUACGAAAGAAAAUUUCUGGGAGCUUUAUGUGAUGGAACUACUGGACUUGCAUGUUAUACUGGAUAUGUAAAACAAACCUUUCUCUACAAUGAAACAGAAUUGUAUUUUACUAAUAGUUUUACCAAGUCCAUUAACAAGUAUAAUCUUCAGACGAAAGUGGUGGAAACUAUUGUUGGAACAGGUUCUUAUCACAGAGCUCCUUUAACGCUCAGCGAUUUGUAUGCAACUCCAAAGGAAACUAAUAUUGGAGAACCUAAUAGCGUUGCUGUUUAUCAAGGAUUCGUCUACUUUACAACAAUUGAAAAUACUGACGUGAUUUUCAGAGUCAAAAGUGAAGGUAGUGGACUUGUUACAAUCUUUGCUGGUGUUUCUGGGUCAACUGGUUAUAAUCCUUUGGUAAUUUCAAGAACCUCUUCACCACUUUCUGGUCCAACUUAUCUGAAUUUCUAUUCGAAUGGUAAUUUAAUCUUGUAUGAGAGUGAAAUUUGUACCAUUCGAUUAAUUUCUGGUAAUAAUAUUACAACACUCGCAGGAAAUGGCCUAUGCAACUAUGCCUAUGUAAACAACACACUUUCGAAUGGAAUUUCGGCCAUGACAAUUUCCACCGAUCAAAUACUCUACAUUUCCACACCUAGUGGAGUUAUAAUGAAAUGGAAUGGUGCAGAUUUCGUAACUGUCUAUGACACCCAAGCUUUUGUCAGCAGUUUGGCAGCAAACUCUGCAAAUAUUUACUUUACAACAGAUACGAAUGAGUUAAGCUCAGUUUCUAUUGAUGGUUCGAAUAGAGUUGUGUUGAUGGGACCUAAUCUAGGUUUCAUGAGUGAUGGCCAAGUUCUUUCUGGUGGAAAGACUGCCUCUCCAAUGGCAUUGUCCAUUAGUAAGGCAAGUUCAACAUUAUUCUUUUCCGAAAAUGGAAAUGCCAGAAUUAGAACUUAUUUAAAUGCCAAUGUUAAAACCCUUAUUGGAUUUAGCUCAUCAGGUUCAGCAGCUACUACUCUUGUCAAUCCAACAAAGAUGGCUCUCGUUGGAUCCAAUCUCUAUGUUUUAGAGACCAUGUCCGGCAGCAUCCUCAAUUAUGAUGUUAGUGGAAACGCUCCUGCUGGAGGUGGUGGUUACAAAUUAGUGACAUCCAUUGCAGGAUGUUCCAGUAUUGUUGCCAUUAAUAAUACAGUCUAUGUUGGCUCAACUCUAUAUAAUUCAGUGUAUAAGAUUGAGGGAACUAAGGCGAUAAGAAUUGCUGGAAAUGGAACUAAUUUAUCUAGUGGAGAUGGAAAGUAUGCGAAUGCUUCAACCAUUUCAAAUCCAUUGGCGUUGGCUUCUGAUUCGAGUGGAAGUUUAUACAUUCUUUCUACAAAUAUUAUUAGAAAGGUCGAUAAGAAUGGAAUCAUUUCCACUCUAUACAAUUAUUUUAGCACUGGAUUGAAUGAUAUUUACAUUAGUGAAAAGGAUGAAAUAUUAAUCAGUGAUUUGAAAGGUUAUGUUUAUCAAUUGACCUGUACAACAGAUUUAUUUCAAUUUUGUGGCUAUAUCCAAAUUGCUGGUGUUUCUAAUGGAUUAGCCAGAAGUGUUGGUUUUAAUAAUGCAUUAGAAGUGCCAAUUAAGCCACUCACCAUCUCUGCAGUGUCAAAUUUCAAAACUGGUUACUGGAAUACUUUGUUAAUUUCUGAAUCGACAAGUAUUUCAGUAGUUUCAGAAGGACUUAUUUCUGGAUUAGUCUACAAUCCAAAGAAUAGCCCAACAGUUAGUUUUCAAACCCUUCAAGUGACUGGCUUUGCAGUCAACCAAACCAAUGGAGUCAUUUACGUUUCAGGUCCUUACGGAAUUUCAACAUUAACUCCUUACAAAUUACCAAGGGAAGCUUGUCCAUGUUCUGGAAAUGGAAUUUGCUAUUCGAAUAAUCCAAAUCUCUGUCUUUGUGAUCAAGGAUGGAGUGGAACCAAAUGUGCACUUCCAUUGUGUAAUGGAAUUCUUUCUACAAAUCCACAAGUUUGUACGAAUGGUCAAGGAGUUUGUAGUGCUCCAGAUAGUUGUGUUUGUAAAUCUGGAUUUGUUGGAACUCAAUGUCAAAUUCCAUUCUGUGUAGGAUCAACUCUGAAUGAAAACUUUACUUGUUCUGAAAGUCAGUCAAAUUCGGGAAGCAAUUCAUCGACAAGUACAAAACAGGAAAUUAUUGUUGAGGUUGUUGAGACAGUGACUGAUCUAAAUUCCAAGAAUUUGACAUUUACUACUGUUGACACUAUUGAAGUUGUCUUUCCUUCAAACUUUUCAAGUUAUCUUUCACAAACCAUUUCACAAAUUGCCAAUAAUCCAAUUACACUAGUUUCGUCUGUGGUUGACUCUACAAAUUCAAGCACUAAUCCAAGUGAAAAUCCUGUCAAACCUCAACUCGUAGUCAGUCCAGUAAUCACUCUCUCACUAUUUACCAAUUCUUCCAUGAUAAUUUCUGUGAAAAACUUGGAGAAACCAAUCGAAUUACUCUUCACAAAUAUUCAACUCUCAAAAAUUGAAUCUUCCUCCAAUCUUACAUGCAUGUUUUUCGAUACCUCAAUCAAUGAUUGGAGCGACGAAGGAAUUUCCUCAAAAAUCAUUUCCAUUCAACAAGCCGAUUCUCAAUUCGUAAUUUCCAUGAAAUGUGAAACGAAACAUUUAACUUCCUUUGCAGUAAUUGAUAAGAAUUAUAAGAAACAAGUUUCGUCUCCCAAUGAAGGAGGAAACAAAAUACCAGCAACUGUUUCUGAAUGGAAAAGUCAAUUGGAAGGAUUGAGUGAAAGUGAAAUUAUUGCAAUUUCAGUUUCGAUUGGUGGAUCAUGUUUGAUUAUUGCAACUUUGGCGAUUUUAAUUAGUGUAGUUUGUAUCAUUGUCAUGAAGAGAAAGAAAAAUCGUUGUUUAACCAUUUAA